AUGAGAACAGAGAGGGCGAGCCGCAAGAAAUGCGCUCCACUUCUGCUGAGGAGGGAGCCCACCAAGCCCAUCACUGUGUCACUACCGGCUCGGGACCCCCUGGACGCUCCAGAGGACCCUCUCCCUGACUACUCGUCAGACGAGGAGGACGCAGAUUGUUUCCAGAUUUGUGUUCCAGUUGGAGACAGGAGUCAGCUGCAUCAUCAUGUCCCGAUGGAUGUGUCGCUGAUGGAGCUGUCCAUGAGUGGCGUGUGGAGGCUGCAGUCCACAUCAGAGGAAGAGAGGAACCUGCCACAAAGAGACCAGACUCAUCCCAAGAAGGAAACCUGUGGGAGGAGAAGCUCCAACAGAGGCGCUGAGGAGGAGUUGGACCUGUGA